UGUUCCAGUGAUGGAGUAUGUCGUCUCAACUCAAACAAGCAGUCGCGCUUACAUAUUCUCUCAGUCGGAAACCCUAUUUGAAUCAUCGGAAUGUCACCGCGCAGCUCGAUUUGAAACCCGUCAAUUCAAAGAUCUCAAGUUUUAUGAGAAAUGGUCAUGUAGAAGAUGCCCAACAGCUGUUCGACCAAUUGCCUCACAGAAAUACCGUCACUUAUAAUGCUAUGAUCAGAGGCUACUUUCAAAAUGGUUUCCCCGAAAAGGCAGCGAGUUUGUACAACCAGAUGGUGGUCCGUGAUUUAUUCUCGUAUAAUACGAUGAUAUUUGGAUUGAUGAAAUGCGGGCAUGUUAAAGAGGCUGAAGGUGUAUUUGAGAGCAUGAAGAAUAGAGACAUUGUUACUUGGAAUUCGAUGAUUUUAGGUUAUGUUGAUAAUAAUUUGAUGAGUGAGGCGAUGACUGUGUUUAAUGCAAUGCCUUUGAAAGAUGUUGUUUCUUGGAAUUUGGUUCUGGGAGGAUUGGUGAAGGUUCAGGAGUUUGAAGAGGCAGAGGAACUGUUCAGGGGGAUGGUCGUGCGGGAUGUUGCAUCGUGGACUAUUAUAGUGAAGGCGUUUGUAGGCACUGGUAAGAUUGUCGAAGCUAGGAAAACAUUUGAUGAUAUGCCAAUGAAGGAUAUUGGAGCAUGGAAUACGAUGAUUGGUGGCUAUGUGCAACAAAACUUUGUUGAAAUUGCAGAAGGAUUGUUUCAUAAAAUGCCUGGAAAGGACAGAAACUCAUGGAGUAUAAUGAUAGACGGAUUCUUGAGUAUCGGGAGGACCAGAGAUGCCUUGAGGCUUUUCCACGAGACACCUCAGAAACACGAGAAAUCAUGGAAUUCAAUCAUGCUGAGUUUUGUCAAGAAGAGUUUGGUGAGAGAAGCUCAUGCAAUCUUAGAGAAAGUUCCAUUCAGUGGCAUUGUGUCGUGGACGAAUAUCAUGAUUGGGUACUUCAAUAUGGGAGAGGUUGAAAACGCCAACAAAGUUUUUCAACUGAUGCCUUGUCUUGAUACAGCCGUGUGGAAUGCAGCCAUAUUUGGAUUUGGGGAAAAUGAUCAAUUUGAGAAUGGUAUAAGAUUGUUUAUCAGAAUGAAGGAAGAUGGUGUUUCCAUGGAUGAAGCCACAUUUACGAGUUUUCUCAUUAUCUGUUCAAACAUGCCAUCAAUAAAUCUUGGGCAACAAAUCCAUGCAGAAUCUAUUAAGCUUGGAAUUGAUUGCUUUACUGCUGCUGCUAAUGCAUUUAUAACUAUGUAUUUUAGAUGUGGUAAUAUGGACUCUGCAUUACUUGUGUUCAAUUCCAUGACCUGCCACGAUACCAUUUCUUGGAACUCUGUAAUAUGUGGAUUAGCUCAACAUGGACUUGCUGAAAAAGCUACUGAGGUGUUUGAGAAGAUGAGAUCAUCAAGAGCGGAGCCCAACCAAAUCACUUUUGUCGGGAGAUUCGGACUUAUUGAUGAAGCGAUGGAUGUGUUGAAUGAGAUGACUAUAUAUGGGCUGGAGGUUGGAGCAAGUGUUUGGGGGGCAUUGCUUGGAGCAUGCAGAUUGCACAAGAACAUGUCGUUGGCUGAGAUUGCUGGGGAGAGGAUUUUGGAUAUAGAGCCUUCUAACUCGGGCGUGUAUUUGAUUCUUGCUGAGAUGUAUCUAGCUAACGGGAUGAGAGAAAAAGCUUAUAACAUGUGGGUUCGUAUGAAAGACAGUGGUGUGAAGAAGCAACCUGGCUGUAGUUGGAUUGAGUUGAGCAUUGGUGGAAAUGUAUUUUUAGCUGAAGAUAGAGCACAUCCCGAGUUUGAGAGUAUAUCGUGUGCAUUGAACUUGAUUUACCAGGAGAUGGGCUUCAGAAAUGUCUAUCUCAUUGUUGCUUCAGACGAUAUUAGAGGUACAUAUUUUCAAUGUUGA